AUGCUGUCCGCGGCCGGCUUGCGGCAGCAGCUAACAGUUCAUUUUGACUCACUGCUUCGAUCCAUGCUGUCGCUGAUGAUGGCUGUUACAGGCGGGCUGGAUUGGUACCAGAUCGCCAAGCCUCUCAUGAACAUGAACUACCUGUACUUCUUUGCCUUCCUGUUCUAUGUUUUGCUGAUCGUUCUGUGCAUCAUGAACGUCCUCUCUGCUCUUUUCGUUGAGAUGGCCUUGCAGAUCAAAGACAGGGACCUCUUGAUUCAGGCAGAGCUGGCAAAGAUCGACGCAUUUUUGAAGGACAUGCGCGACCUCUUCGACGAGGUCGACGUAGACGGAAACGGCGUUGUGACUCGUGCAGAGUUGUCGUUGUACAUGAAGAAUGAGCGGGUGAUGGCCUACUUCGGCGGGCAGGGGCUCGACAUGUCCGAUGCAGCCGGCACGAAGGGUGUCUUUUUGUUCACGGUUUGGGGUUUGGGCGGACUUGGUUUGGGUUGGUUUGGGUUUUGGCGUGGCGAGCUGGGGCUCAUGGUUGGAUGUUUUUGUUGUUGGGGCCUUCGUUUUUUCGCCUCAGAGGUUUACAUGCGAUAUUUGAGGCUUCGUGAUACCAAAAAAGCUUUUGUUGUGUUUAGGGUCGGGGGGUCUGUGCGCCUUGACGCAGUGUUUUAUCCAUCGACCCGGUGGAGGGAUCGGGGUGUUGGGGCAUGUAGCAGGUCAGUUACGCUUUAG